GAUACAGCAGGACAAAACUAAUGAACCAAAUAUGCAUGCAAAAAGCAUUAGUGUGUUUGUGUGUAUAUGUGUAUAUGUUUGUGUAUGUAUACUGGUUGUAUAUGUUCUACAUAUGAGUAUAUGCACACAUGUUGCAUAAUGGAUAGAGGAAGAGAUUGGGUGACUCUUGGCAAUUGGCCAACAAAGGACCACCUCUCAAGGUCAGGGGUCAAUAUAAGGCUCUAGCUUGACGCUCCACGUCUUCACCAGCAAGAUGCAUGCGACUCGCUCCCUGCUCGUCCUGCUCCUCAGCCUCCCAGCGCUGCUGUGUAACCGAGCUGUGUGGCAGUUCAGGGGGAUGAUCCUCUGCACUGUGCCUGACAGCUGGCCGCUUCUGGACUAUGCUGACUAUGGCUGCUACUGUGGGCUGGGAGGCUCUGGCACACCUGUGGAUGAGCUUGACAGAUGACACUGCUGAUGAUGCUGUCAGGUCCACGACCAGUGCUACAGUGACGCCAUGCAGCACGAUGACUGCUGGCCCAUCUUGGACAACCCCUACACUGAACUAUACAGCUACAGGUGUGAUGAGGCCAGCAAGACCGUCACCUGCCAGAAUAACAAUGAUCCCUGUGAGAAGUUCAUCUGUGAGUGUGACAGGAAAGCAGCCAUGUGCUUCGCCAAGGCAGGUUAUAAUGAAGAAAAUGCAAACCUUCCCAGAGCUCGCUGCAAAUAA